GCGGCACGGUCGACGGCAGCGGACAAAAAAAAUAAUGGUCGGGGUUUUAUAAGCGGCGGAGUGCAGGUUCUAAGUCCGCUCUUGGUACUGGUUUUCUUUUAACCGUUGUUCGAUCGCUGGUUGGGACCGGUGCCUGGUCCGCGGGGUGAGGGGCGCGGGGGAGCGGGCUGGCUUGGUGUCGCUGGCCUCGGCUCCGGCUGGGCCUCGGGCGGCGGGUAGGCCGCGGGGCCUCGGCACUCGCCUGGAAGGCGAGGGCGCCGGGCAACGGCCGGGGACGGCGCCAAGGAGUUCCACACCUGGGCAGGAUUCAUCCAGGACGCGCAGGGCCUUUGCAUUUUAUAUUUUACCUAUAUUUUUUUCAUUUGUAAAGUCCCCCCUCCCUCCCCCUGUUAAUUUAUCCCCCCUCCCUCCCCUCUCCCCUCCCCCAGGCAUCAGGUGGGUUGCUGUGUUUAACAAGAAGCUCCUUGGAGGGGUUUGGUUCCACAUCUAUUGCCCACCCUUCCCCAUCUCCCCCGUACAUCCAUUGCCAGCUCCCAUUUCACUCAGAGAGCCAGACAGGACACUGCAGAUGCUGGAAUCUGGGGCAACACUUUAUUAAUCCCUUUGCAGCUGCUCAACUCCUGCCACAAUUUGCAGGAGUCUAAUCCCUGAGCUCUCAGGUGAUGCAGGUUCCCCACAUUUGUUCAGUGGAACCCCUUCAGGCGUUGGAAUUAGGAACUGGAGUAACCUGAUUCUGUGGAAGGUGGGUGACCAAGUCUGGGUUUGCGAAAUCUGACUCCCAGUUGCUUCAGUGGAGGAUUAUUUUCUGACACUUCCUUCUUCGAAAAACUAAUCAGCGUGUUCAGUUUAAAGAUGGCCACAUGUUGAUCUUUUUAACUGUUCUGGGUGAUUGCCUUUCAUGUUUUGUUAUGUUGUGUAUUAAGCUACGUAACCUAUGUGGAAGGCAUUUCUUUUCCCUUUGGCAUAUAAAUCAAAUUAAUUGUAUGAAAUUUUUUUGGCAAAUCUGCAGUGGGUGGGUAAUAAUGCAGUUGACAAAUACAGCAAAUGGUGGUUCAAAUAGUAAUGGGGGGAAGUGAAAUGUAGAAUUGGGGUAUUUCUGAUCAGUUUGCUUAAUGGAGUUGUUUGUAGUGUUGCAGCUUCCAAAUACUUGCUUUUGCAUAAUUCUAUCCCUAAAUUUUUAAGGCCUUUUGUUGCACAACUGUUUAAAGGAGGUUCUGUGAAAUAGGAGCUCCUGACCAGAAUAUUCUGCUAAUGAACCCCCCUGAUUACCUUCAUUUCCCCUUUUCUUGAUGAGUACUCUCAGCAUUUAAUUGGAAAAGUGUGCACUCUCUCAAUUGUAACCAAAUUUAUACCUGAAUUGGAGAGCAUCUUCUCAUUGUGUUUUACUUAUUGCCAUCCUACCCUCAUGGGGUGUUUGGGUUUUGCAUGAAUGUUUCCAAAAACGUUAGCCUGGAUUUCUGUGAUAUCACAAUCUUAAUGUCCUCUUGUCUGUUGGCUUCUGCAAACUGACUCUGCAUAAACAUUUUAACUAAAGAUUAUGUAGCUAUUUGCACAAAACUAAACUGACUUUCAGUGCACUACUAAACAAGUAAAGCACAAUGGGGAGUCAUUGCUCUUUAAGUCUUGCUCUGAGGAGCUUUAAGCAUUACAUUGUUAAUCGUUUUCAAAAUGGCCAUUUUGCCUAGUUUUGUUAUUAAUCUGUGCGUUGACGCUCAGCCCAAAGUUCUGGGAGGAGCUAUUCUCGUGGGAACCCUAUUCCACGCAUGGCCUAUUUUUAGGAUGUCAAGUUAUUAACCAGAUGCUGCAUCUUUUAUUAUUCUAUCUUGUAUUCAGAUGGACACCCUAGCCACCAGUUGCUACUGUGUGUUUGGCUCCAAAUGUAAUUUAUUAGUUGAAGAGCUUUUCAGACAUUCCCUAGAGAUGAGUGGCCGUAUAAGUGCCCUUGGUUAGGUUGAUUUGUGCCAGGAUUACAAGACCCACAUCAUCUUUCCUGCGGUGCAUUACUGUGACCAGUUUACAGCACUUAGUUGCUUUAGCCUCAAUAUCCUGGGUUGAUUAGGGUGAUUUUAAUCACUUUUUUGUAUUCCUGUCAUUGAAUAGAAUCGUUAUUAGUAGUUUUCCCUGGCACAACAGAAUCUUUCCAUUUGGGACCACCCCAGUUUGAUGUUAAUCCCAAUCCACAGCAGUGGGCCAGGUGCUCCUUCUGAAUGCAAUGUUAGUAACUUCUAAUUUUACCUUUUGGUUUUGUGUCAUUGUUUGCUGUGUUUGGGGAAAACUACUUGGCUAUAGCUAACUCCGGGUAGUAGUGGUGGAAGUAUUGAAACUUCCUAUUUACAAAGCUGUAGUAUCUCCUUUUGCUUAGUGUAAUGAAUCCAUUGGUGUUUAUCAUGACCUCUUAUCAAGAGGCAGAAUAUUUGAUUUUAUUGAUAGGGGAAUUGUCACUAAGCACUCUGCCAAACUCAGACUUGACCCUGUUCCCACAAAAAUGGGAGCUCUAAUACUUUCUCCAGAUAAAUUUGCUGCAUUGUCCUCUUUAGGCUCACUGAUGGUCUUCCUUGAUAAUAUGGGACUUGUGGUCAUUUUGGAGAUUUGGCUCUAGAUAAACACUUGUCUAUUCCAAUAUCUAUCCCCUUGGGGGAACAUUUCUGGGGACAGAAUUCUGCUCAUGAUUUACCAUGGCAUUUAUGGGACCCAGCACUACUGCUAUUGUAGUCCCUGAUUCUCCAAGAAGUUGUCCAGGCAUGGCUGGCAUCUAGCCACAAUGAGAGUGUGCAAAGUUAGUCUGGAAAUGACCAAAGCAAAUGGGGAUACUCCAGUGAAAUUUCAAGUCGUUUUGAGAUUGAUGGUUGGGGAUUACUACCAUGUCAAAAGCAAGCAGGAGAGGCUGCUGACAGAUUUGGGGAGGCUGCUUUUGUGUUUUUCUUCAAUAGGUGCAGAUGACCUGGAGGAGCAGAGUUGGACCCGUGUGUGUUUUGUAGUAAAUAUAUUAGCCGUAAUUACGUCAAAAAAAAUCGGUAAUCCUAGGCCGACCAAGGCUGCGGAAUCUCUUGGAAGAUUGUUAAGGAAAUGGGUUAUUUUCCUGUCGGCUGUAACCGUGUAGCUGGGCAUCUGCUACACUUUUGAACUUUUUCGGAGGAGUUGAUUUUUAAUCCCUGGCUUCCUGCAGUUCAACAGAGCAGAAGAUGGACUCAUUCUAGCACCUUCACGUAGAGUAUUUCUAAGGCACUUUGUGUAUGCAGAUCGCAAAUAUUUCUACCCAGUGUGUGUGAAGAUGGAGAUGACACGUGACCAUUUAUAACCGACGGAUUCAGUGUUGGUUGGCCUGCAGGAACACGUUGACUGGAAGACUGAUGAUAAACACUUGUACAGCUGACCACUCAAAAGGUUGAAGGUUCCAGAAGAUAACAUUCCAUCAGCUCUCCAAGACGGACUGUCUUGCACUGCAUAUCAACGGAUGAGAGUGUGGAGAAAGUAGUAGCAAAAAUCUUUGUUUUGGGAGUAUUUGUUAAUCUGCAGCCAUGACACAGCAAGGAGAUGAUUGCUACUUUUAUUUUUAUUCUACUUGUGCCAAGGGUGACAACUGUCUAUUCCGUCACUGUGAAGCAGCUCUUGGCAGUGAGACCAUCUGUACUUUAUGGCAGGAAGGCCGAUGUUUCCGUCAGGUCUGCAAGUUUCGUCACAUGGAGAUUGAUAAGAGGCGGAGUGAAAUCCCCUGCUACUGGGAGAAGCAACCCACUGGUUGUACAAAGCUGAACUGUGCUUUCCACCACAGCAAGCCUCGCUUCAUUGAAGGCGUUUUCAUCCCUGCCACAAAAGGUGUUCUAACCAAACAGGAAGUACCAGAGAUGGCUGAAGAGCCUAUGACACCUCAGUUGCCCGUCAACCAGUUACAACAGCCCAAGAUUCCUAUUCAAUCUAAUCCAUCACCACAAGUUCGGGGUGUAAUGAAACUGGAGUCCUCAGAGAAUGUGCCCAGCCCCACUCACCCUCCUGUGGUUAUCAACGCAGCAGAUGACGAUGAAGACGAUGAUGAUCAGUUUUCUGAGGAAGGAGAGGAAAAUAAAAACACUCAGGUUCCAACUGUGGAGGAGCAGAAUGGCAUCCGCAUCAUUUCGACUAAAAGGCAGGCUCUACCUGUUCAGAAAGAUGACAGCUUGGAUUUUGGAAUAAAAACCCUGGAACAGAUCAAACGGAAGAAAUCCAUGAAGGAGAAAUCUAAGAAGAUGGAUGAACCCACUGUACACCAAGUGACACAAGUCCAAAAGGUGGAACAGAAUCGUGAAAACCUAGUCAUUGAAAAGGAAAAUGUGAGAACUGUCUUCCGGACAGUGACGUUAUCGCCAAAGAAAUGUGAACCACCUUUUAAACGCAGUCUUGCAGAAAGACUUGGUCAAAAGAAAAUGACCCCAAAGGAUACGUCUGAAGAGGUUCCACUAAAAGGUGAAUUUGAACCAACUUUAAAACGCAAUCUCUCUGAAAGACUUGGCAAAAGAAAAAUACUAGCAGAAGAUGGCCCUGAAGAGCCGAUGCAGAAAGCUCAACCUCCCAGGUCUAUAAGGGAGAGGCUUGGUCUGCCUGCAGAGGUUUCCUCUACAGAGCAUGAAAAGCCUAUAAAUAAAACAGAAGGAUCUGGAGAAAUAAGGGUGAAAACUUUGGAAGAGAUUCGCAGAGAAAAGGCUGCCAAGAGGGACCUCGGUGAUAGCAAUGGAGACUCCACGGUUGGUGUUGCAAGUCGUAAUACACCUGCCCAGGCCUGCACUUUGCUGGAGGAGGCAUCUAAAAUCAUUAGGACUGUUAGAGUAAAGACUACAUCAGAAUCUCUAUUGAAGAAGCAGGGAGAACGCCAGGAAGAGACUGGAAAGGAUAAUCCAGCCACAAAACAACCUGAAGCUGACCCAAGAAAGGACAAGAGGCCAGCAGUUGCAAAAGGCAAAGUGAAAUGUCAGAAGGCAUCCCCUGAUGAAAGUGUAACGAAGGCAAAGUCGCUGGAACAAGUAAGGAUUAAAACUUUGGAAGAGAUUCGACGUGAGAAGGCACUGCGGAGACAAGAGAACCAGGAAAGUCCUGCGACACAGCAACCAGCUGAGAAGCCAAAGAGCGAGGCUCCACCUACCAGGAAGAGACUGCUGAGAAUCACCAAACCUAUAGAAGUUGUCAAGCCAGAAAAGACAGAUAAAGAACCAAUGGAUAUACAAUCAGUGGCCGUUGCUGCCCAUGGAGACUCCAAAGAAUCUCAGAAGCUUGAAACUAGAAAGGAAACUCCAAGAUUGCAGAAUGUGCAAGUUAAAAGCUUUGAAGAAAUACUGAAGGAAAAACGCCUUCGACAACUACAGGAAACUGAGAAACAGCAGUGUCAAACUCCAGGAAAAGAGAUGCCUGCCAACAAAAUGAACAGUGAGAUUCAGGAUGCAGAGAAGAAUAAACAGCCAACAUCUUCACUGGAUCUGAAACCAAACAACUUUCUUGAAAUUGAACAACCGGCUGUUAAGAAGGAAGAAAACCUGAUUGUUGCCAAACCUGAAGCAGCAGAACCUCCACUUAGUUUGAAAGUGAAACCCAAAUUAAAUGUGAAACCAUCAGUUGUGAAGAACUCUUGCCCUGUGAGGAUUAGCCAGAAACGCAAAUCCCCUGACAACCAUCCUUCAACUGUUAUGGCAGUGAAACCCCUCAACACCAUGACCACUGAUUUGAUGAAGCAACCGUCAUCCUCGGAGAAGAUCAUUACUUCGGGGCCAUCACCUGUCCAGGAGGAAGAGAGAACCGCUUUGCAAGUGCCAGAGAGAUCCAAGGGAAGACUUAAUCUUGGUGAGCAGAGCAAGCCAACAAGCAGGUUGCUGACUGGAGUAGAAACUUUCUCUCCUCCCCGACUGUCUGCUAAGGCUCGGAGGCUGAGUUCUACUACAUCUAGAUCUGCGGUGGCUGAGGAUGACUUUGAAGAGCUAAUGAAAGAAUUCUCAGACGAUAAACUUGAAGCGGAAAUUGAUCUGGAUCCAGGAAAGGAUGAAGAUGACUUGUUGCUUGAGCUGUCUGAGAUGAUUGACAGCUGAAGUGUGUUGGAUUUUUUUUGGACCUGCUCAAACCGAGUUGGACUGCCUCUGGAAUUUUCUGGGUAAUAAACAAAGACUAACUUGGACCUACAUUUUGUAUUUGACUGGGCUGUCUAUUUUUAAAGCUGUAAAUGUAUUACUGCAGCUGCAUAUCGCGUGCAGACAAAAGCCAGGUCCGUUUUAAAUGUGCUGAUAAUACGACCAAAUUAGUUCAUUAUGACCUCUCAACUACUGGCCACACUUUCUUCUUACCCCAUAUACAAGAGGACAACAACAUCCUGAGUUCUCAUUUAGGUGGUUUGAAGGGAUCCCAGUGAUGCAACCUUUCUGGAGAUGCUUUUCUGUCUGAAAACUGCUUUGUUGAGAAGUCUGUGCCCAAAACUGAAGGGCAGUGCCACAGACGUAAGCUCUGUGUAAUGCUUGUCUUUCCCUGGGCUUGAUUCUCUAAUAGUCAGUCUGUUCCAAUUUCACCUGCCAUUGGUAAUAAGAAUAUUAUGAUUAUGUAGAGUCAUGCCUAGGUUAAGGGUCACUCACAAAGAUGUGAAGCAACCCAAGUGUCUGCCCUUUACAGGAAAAAAAGAACUGUCUUUUGUUUACAUGAAACUGUAAAUUUCAAAAGGUCUCUCAUGGUGUUGGAGAUAAAUGAUUUGUCUGUUAAUCACAUUAAAGCAUCUGACUGCACAGAAUCUAGAAUUCCAAGAUUCCCAAGCCACUUUUUGAGGAGUAACCUUUUAACAUGAGCCCAGGAUAUAUAUCAUUGCAAGUUGUCUGUGCAACACAGUCAUCGCGUGUUACAGGGACUACUGCAAGCUGCAUGGACAGUUUGAGGAACUUGGUUUCCAGAAGUUCUGACUAUGUCUCUAGAUAGCAUCAUAUUAAUUUUUUCCUGUAACAUAGAUGGCUUUUACCCAUCACCACUUGUUUGUUACUUUUGCCUUCUGUUGUCAGUUUCAUUGUAUUCCCAUGUCCAGCAUAUUUUUGUGUAGGUUGUGAGAACCUUCAGUAUCAACGUACUGGUAUUUGAAGAGAACAGUUGUGAUGGUUGCAGACCAUUACAAUCUAUGUCUGUGAAAGUGAUUUCUUAGCUGCCUUCACUUUGUGUAGUAUUGCACUACAUCAAGGAUGUGGUGUAACUACAGUGGGGGAAAUGAAACACAAGUUGUCUGAAGUUACUUUAAAAUAAUAUGCAGAUAAUGGCAGAAAAUGCAAUCGGAGGUUUGACUUCAGAUGGGAAGAGAAGUCUUAUUUGGAAGCCAGAGGAUCAAAAGCAUUUGUAGUCAAUAGUUUGGUUUGUGAAGAGGGACUAGACGUGUUUGCACAUUCUCCUAGGCUCUUAAAGGUUCUGCACUGUGCACCAUGUCAAGGAGAUGUGUCCAUAGAGCUGUCAGUAAAGGAGUUGGCACUACUAGCAAUAUGAAAGUACCAUGGAAGUAAAACUAGUGUGUGGUAGCUUUAGCCAGUCUACCUCGUAUUUGCAGCACAUGAUGACUGUCCUAAUGACGCCCCCCCCCCCCCCACCCCAUGUAAAACCCUCUUGCAGUCCAUUUAUUUGGAUGGAGUAAAUUUCCCAGGUCAAAAUGAUUUUCUGGUCAUUGUGAUUGGGUGGGUUAGAAGAAUUGAAGAAAAUAUGCACCUUUGGGGAAAUAUGAAGAGAUUUGCAAGGAAAACUGUCAGUUUUAUUCAGUUUUGAAAUUGGGCACAUCCAGUGUGGGUUUUAAUCAAAAGAGGAGAAACAAAAAGCAAUGCACUCCACUUCAGGGAAUUGGUUCCAAGCUGGCUAUGUUUGUAGUGCCUUAAGUUUUGAUGGCUGACUUUAAUGGAGUAUUCGUCCAUUAGUAUCUAUUUAUGUGUGCAACCAGAACACUGCUGCUCAAGGUCUUUGUACACCAGAAAUAAUUCUACAGCUCCAGAGGGCAGCAGGAACUGCCCUGUUAACUUGGGUAGGAACAGAAGACCAAUAUGAAUGCACUUAGUGCUGCAGAACACUUAAAACGCAGAGCUGGUUGGAUCUGUCACACCUGAGCAGAGUAUUUUGGCCACCCAAAAAUGCCAGAGAAAUAAAUGACCUGUUCGUGAUCACUGAAGGUCACUCUGCUUGUUGAUCUUUGUCAGCUACUUGUACCUCAAUAUGAUGGAGUCCCUGCUUGCUUGAAUCGCAGAAGGGAAGAAAUAAAAGCUUUUAAAGCUGUUUUUUUUUUAAAAAAACAGAUAUCUUACAACACUGAAGCACGCAUCUAUAUACAAAUGCAGCCUUCUGUUCUAGAGCAGUUCCGAUCCUGUAAAUACUUAAGUUGCUUUCCAAAAGCAGCCCCUCCUAUCAGUAUUCUGAAGAAGCAAUGCGAUUGAUCUCUUGUGAAACAUUGUAAAUAUUGUUCGUUUUUUGUCCAAUUAUGGUUUGGAUUCAAGCUGACUAAAAAAUUUGUGUUUAAAGAUCUGUGGGAUUCUGUCUUGUGUUUCUGAUGUCCCUUUGACUUUAUCUAGUACUUUUGAUUUUAUUGUUUCAAAUGUACAUCCAUGGUAGUGGGUGAUUUUAUUUAUGACUGUAUGCAGACACCAAAAUGUAAUAAUUUUCUUUGUAAUAAAGACUAUUGUUCAACUUG